UGACAGAGAAAAAGAUAAUGGAAUAAAAUGGGAAAACUUUUUCUUUAUAACAAACACCCACAAGGUUUUACUGCACUGGUGACAAAUGGAAGUCAAGAAGGAAGUUGCUUACACCAACUUUUCACUUCAAAAUUCUCAACGAUUUUGUCAGUGUAUUCAACGACCAGAGCAAAGUUCUUUUAGAGAAAAUGCGGGGGCUAGCAGAUGGGAAAACAACAGUUAACGUUUUCAACGAUAUCACACUUUGUGCUCUGGAUAUCAUUUGCGAGACUGCAAUGGGUCGCAGUGUGAAUGCCCAACUGAACAGUGACUCUGAUUACGUGCAGGCAGUUUACAGGGCAUCUGAGUACACAUUCAUUAGACAGAGAAGCCCCUGGCUGUGGCCAGACUUUCUGUUCCGACUAAUUGGACCCGGCAAGAAGUAUGAUGAGUCCUUGAACAUACUGCACAGUUUUACUGAAAAGGUUAUCAAAGAGAGGCACAUGAGUUCUGGAAGAGGUAUGACCAAAACAAAGAUAACGAUGGAGCAAAUGCUGAGCGAACAGGACUCAGCAGGGGACAGAAACAGCGACUGGCCUUCUGGACAUGCUGUGUGUACGUCAUCUGAAGGAAGCGACUCUCAUUCCUCGACAUCAGAGAGGAGUGGAUACAUUCAUGUUUGA